UCUAGUUAGCAAAACUGCCAGCCGCUCACUCAAGCUAAAUGUUUUGCACUGUUUUUUUAGAUGCUUUCGGGAACACUGGACCAAGAUUUGACUUUUUAAUAUGAAUAGAAACAUAGUGAAAUAACAGAGAUCUUGAUAGACUUGGUUUCUUCCAGCUUUUCUCCUCUCAGCGCUGGAAAGAUGAACGGAUUGUCAAUCAAAGAACUCUGCUGCCUCUUCUGCUGUCCACCUUGCCCGAGCCAAAUCGCAGCGAAGUUGGCCUUCCUGCCCCCAGAGCCCACUUACACUUUACUGCCUGAACAGGACACUGUCCCAGCCGUGAGCUCGGACCUGAGCGCCUCAGGCCUGCGGUCUCGGUUGGGUCGGAGCGGGCGAGGAGCCGGAGGAGACCGAGGAGGAGAGGGCAAAUGGAAGCUCCAUCUGUCGGAGCGAGCCGAGUUCCAGUACUCCCAAAGAGAGCUGGAUGGAACAGAGGUCUUUCUCACUCACUCCAGACGUGGAAACAAAGUGGGCUGCAUGUACAUCCGCUGUGCCCCCACGGCCAGGUACACUGUGCUCUUUUCUCACGGUAAUGCCGUGGACCUCGGUCAGAUGAGCAGCUUCUACAUCGGCCUCGGCACUCGCAUCAAUUGCAACAUCUUCUCCUACGAUUACUCUGGUUAUGGAGCCAGCACGGGAAAACCAUCCGAGAAGAACCUGUAUGCCGACAUAGACGCCGCCUGGCAUGCGUUGCGCACGAGGUAUGGCAUCAGCCCUGAGAACAUAAUCCUCUAUGGCCAGAGUAUUGGCACGGUGCCCACAGUAGACCUGGCAUCGCGGUAUGAAUGUGCUGCCGUGGUCCUCCAUUCCCCGCUCACCUCUGGCAUGAGGGUGGCCUUCCCUGAAACGAAGAAGACCUACUGCUUCGAUGCCUUUCCAAACAUCGAGAAGGUGUCCAAGAUCACGUCUCCGGUGCUGAUCAUCCACGGCACGGAGGACGAAGUGAUCGAUUUCUCUCACGGCCUGGCCCUGUUCGAGCGCUGCCCCAAGGCCGUCGAGCCUCUCUGGGUGGACGGAGCCGGCCACAACGACAUCGAGCUCUACAGCCAGUACCUGGAGCGCCUCCGCCGCUUCAUCGGCCAGGAACUGACCGCUCAGUACGCCUGAAAAGCCAGCAAUACACACGCGCACACACACACACACACACACACACACACCUUCCAGGACCUGCGAGUUCGUACUGAAAUGAGGACAAGUGGCCACCUAUGUCAAGGUGAAAUGAAGUGCCAGUGUGAACUUACAGGCCUGUUAUUAAACGUUUCCACUUUUUGAAAUGAACUUUACAUUAAAAAAAAAUAUAUUUCAACAGCCGAAAGGGGACGUUUUGAAUCCAACAGAGCAAAAAAAAUCCGUCAUGAACUUUAUUCGCAGUUUCUUGUUUUUUCCCCCUAUUUGAUGCAUAAGUGCAAUUCCAAGUCUAUAGAUCUGUAUGUUUUGGUUCGUUCGAUGUAUUUUGGGCUUAAGGACGAUUUUCCUGUCCCAACGGACAACCAGGGUGUCUGUUUUUUUUUUCCCCUUUGUCUAUAUGAUCUCUGCUGGACAGAUUGGGUGGUUUGCAUGUGUGCUGGCCUGACCUUCUGGAGAUUCUACAUGGGUCGGGUGUAUGUGUAUUGAUUUAUUAGGGACUGUUAACAGGAAUUUUUAAAAACACUUAUUGUCGACUAUUUGUUUUGUAGGGUGAGUGAUAUAUACCUGAAGAAUAUACACAGAAUGUUUUCACAAAACAUGGAAUGAUUGGAUAAGGAUAUUUGCUAAUAAAUCAUUAAAAAGCCA